AUGUCCAUCUAUCCACCUACUCGCCAUCCUACAAAUGCUCUGAAUGGUAUCGGCGACAUGAGCGAUGGUGCAGGAACCAUCGAUCCUGCAGCUUUGAACGCUAGUGGUAUGUCCUUUUCUAUUGGUUUCCUCAACCUGACCACUGGGGACACCUCCAUGCGUGGAUUGAUACAGUCAUCGGCCGACUCGGGCCCGCGUGGUAUCAAACGAAGCAGAUCUCCCGAACAAUAUGGUGAAUAUCAUCCAGGCGAUGAUGACGGCCCGCGCAAACGUGGUCGACCAUCGAAAACACCUCGAACGUCUGGAGACUAUACUGGAAAUGCCGAUGCUCUCCCAACGCCCGCCAGUCAGACCUCACCAGAGCUGACCCAGACACCUAGACAUCAAGGCGGCCCACAACCUCCAGCCUCCACGCCAGUGCAAGCAUCACCGCCGCGAACCCUUCCCAAGUCGACCAUCAAAGCGCUGCCUACGGUUAGGGACCAUACCAGCGACGUGCUGCAACCUGAAGGAGACGAAUACGUGCCGCGCGAAUUUGACGAUGCAGGCGAGAAAAAGGUGGACCAUUUGGGCUACCUGCAAGGGGGGCGGGAGUACAAGAUCAGGACAUUUACCCUUCCCGGGAGAGGACAAAAGCUGUUUAUGUUGGCAACCGAAUGCGCGCGCCAGCUUCAGUAUCGAGACUCAUAUCUCCUUUUCAACAAAAACCGGUCCCUCUUCAAGAUCAUUGCUAGUGUCAAGGAGAAGGAAGAGCUUGUCAACCGCGAAAUCCUGCCUUAUUCGUACAGGUCGCGCCAGAUCGCCGUUGUAACCGCGCGUUCAAUGUUUCGACAAUUCGGCAGUCGCGUCAUCAAAGACGGUCGAAGAGUUCGAGACGAUUACUGGGAAGCCAAAGCUAUCAAGCAAGGAUUUACUGAACAGGAUGCUGCUGGUGAGAAGCGACCUGGAGCGGCGAGAGCUAGGGAGGCCGCAGCCCAGGACCAGCUCAAUGCUCGCGCGACCGCCGCUGCGGCCUAUGGUGACAUUGUUUACAGUAAUGGCCCCGGCUAUGGUGCCGUGCAACCGCCAGCUCUUCAUUCAGGGAUCGCAUCAACCAUGGCGCAAUUGGCUUCAUUCGACCCUGCCUACGAGUCUCGGUACAAGGAUAUCGUGCGACCGAGGCAUGAAAUCACAGGCCCGCCAUACCAAGAUCUGACGCGAUCAACUUCCGAUGCGGAAUUGGCCAGUCAAGCCAGUCAUGCGGCCGAGUACAGCAAGACCAUCAAUCAACAAAAUCGAUAUAGGCGCGGGCUUGUCGAAGACUACUGGCGCAGACCGCAUGAACCGCCUGUAUCGACACCUCCUGCGGAAGCUGCUGAAGUUGUUCCCACGACUCAUCCUUUUUCGUCUCCCCGAUUCAACACGAGCGAUGUUCCUUCCACCCAGCCUAAUACAAUGUCUCAUCCUUCUCAACCUCUACCAUCCUCGAUGAACCCACCUUCAUUUCCCCACCAACAACCUCCUAUUCAGUCGCCAGUCCGUCAACCAAAUCUGCAACAACCUUUCUCGAGGGAAUCAUCUCAAUACACUCCUCAACACUCAGGUUAUCAAAGAUCUUCAAGUCUUUCUAUCUCGCAGCCGGGCUCCCAACCACAAGCCCUGCCCUUUGGGAGUGGAGGCUUCCCUCAUGGAAUCAACUCACAGCAACAGCAGCAGCCGCCGCAGCCGCCACAGUCACAGUCGCAGCAGCAGCAACAGCAACAACAGAACUGGGGAGCUCCUCCACCGCAGCCUCACCAAUCUCCAGCUGUCCAUCGCAUGACCACACCUCAAUUCUCGCCCAGCUUAGCCCAAGGACAGAUCCCUUCGCCAUUACCCGGGGGACAACACGCUAGUCCAUCACCACAUCCGCAACAAAUGCAGCCACCACAGAUGCCAUUGCUCCAUCAUCAAGGGAGUUCUGGUGGAAUCGGAGGACAGCAGCUCUACGGGCCUGGAGCAGGAUUGCAGGCGAUGAAUGCCGCUGCAGGAUAUGGCGCUCUUGGGAUUGGCCAGAGAGGCAUUUAUCCCAUGGGCGGACAAAACCAGUUUAUGCAGCCCAAUCCUCAACAUGGACAAGGAUGGCCUGGACCUCAGAACCAGGGUCAGGGCGGUGGACAGUGGACACAAGGAUUCCAGUAG